CCUUGCUGUUAUUUUUUCUCAGAGAUUGUACGUCUACCUUUGUGCUCCUGUCUGCCUGGUGUAUACCUAUGGAUUACUGAAAGAAGAUUGUUCCAUGUAUUUCUGGUUUCCUCGCUCCCUGACUUUACACAUAGUGUGACAAAGACGAUAGUGAUGUUUCCAGCUUGCCAAAACACUGUUGUCUUGUAAAUGACUUCUCGUUUUUGGCUUUCAGUUGCUGCCCCUAUAUAUAUCAGUUUACAAGGACACUUCAACAAAGACUCAUAGAUUGUGUUAACUUGUGGCAUACUACAAUGUCUAAAAGACUGGAGUUAAGCCACGAUGGACAUGAUGAAUGUGAUGAAGACAUUAGACCUGAUACCAGACAUUUUAACCAUGGACAUGAAGAAAACCGUGAAGAGUUAGACAUGCUGUCUACCAAACAGUGGCAGAAAGAUGGCAUGAAUGAAAUUGAUGAGGAUACUAUCAAAAAGUCAGAAGCGCAAAAUACGAAAUCUUUACUGGAGAUGAUUGACACGUACGAUAGACCAGCGAGUGCCAAUGCAGAAGGAGGUUAUGCUGAACAAGGCUUCUAUGCAUCAGGUUUUGAAAACAAACCAGGAAAGAGGCUUCCCAAGGCUGGAUACCUUGCAGAAGCAGGAGUUGGACGAGCUCGUGCUGAAUACAGUAUAUUUGAGGCUGAAGCCAAAGGUCCAAGUGCCUCAUUUGGUGUCGAAGCCAAAGAGGGUAAACUCGAAGCAAUGGCUCGGGCUGAAAUCGCCAGUGCAUCAGCUAAAGCCGGUCCGGUUGGCGUGAAAGUGGGACUAGGCUUUGACACGGGUGCAUCUAUUGGUGUGGGUGGGGUGGAGGCCAAAAUCCUUGGAUUUGGAUUCUCAUUUGGUUUAAAGGUGGGAGUAUCCUUACUGGGUUCAGAAGUGUCAUUUUCAUUCUUUUAGCCACAACAGGUAUUAAUUACCUUUGAAUAUUUAUGUAUAACAUUUUACUAUGAAUUUAUCCUAAAAAUCUCUGUCUCGGUUUUGACUGCUCACAUUAGAAAUCACCACUGCAGAAUCGUCUGCAUUUAUUUGGCACAGGUUUUCAUUUAUAUCUCUAAUGUUUGCUGUUAUCACAUUGUAAGUCUACUUUUUUUUUUUUUUAUAUUCCUGUCCUCAUUUAGGAACGUUAUCUGUCAAAAUGUGAACUCAAAAAACUAAAUUAGAUACAAAAGUUUCUUAUAAUAUAAUGUUUUGUUUCUCUUAAUACUACUAUUCUUUAAAUCGAGUUGGUUUGUCAAUCUCUUUUUUUUAUUACAGUGUGCUUAUUGCGGUGUUAUUCUAAACUUGGUAAAAUGUUAUACUUUAACAGGUUUUAAUCGAUUUUUGAAGUGAUUUAGUGUCUGUUAUUGGGACAUCUUGUUAAAUACCCAGUUCCUUUGUUUGUUUUUUCGAUUGCCCUUGAAACUCCCAUGAGCUCUGUGUUCUGAGCUGUGCCUGGAAAUUACUUUCUUUUCCAUGAUCUGCUUGUUUCAGAGUCUCUGUUUUCAGCAACCCAUGUGUGUGUGUUCAGGAGAGCAGACAUUUGUGUUGCAUUUUAUUUUAUAUUCAUUUAUUCUUUCAUUUUAAUUUUUUAAUUAAUCAUUUUAUCAUUUAAAAUGCUAAUUAUUUGAUAAUUUGUCAUUUUGUAUUAUGCAUUUUAAAUAUUAUUACCAUGUUUCUUCUAUCCUUAUUGUUAUAAUCUUGGAGAUAAUUGUUUUCAUGAGUAAGAGAUAAGAGAAUGUCUCCUUUUCAAGGUUUUUAACAUCACAUGUUGUGAAGAAGUAAAUUUGUGCUGGUCGGAUGAAGACUAUAGAUUGAAGAUUAUAGUAACCUACACAACUAAGAUUAUUCAAUAAACUCCGCUCAUUUUUAUCCUGUA